CACGAACGGUAUACAAUGAGAAUCGAGCAGAAGGAUAUCGUGUACGUGCACAUGGACGCGAGUACGCGGUAACAUCCCACGCCGUGCGACACGCGAGAGAAAAGUAGGGAGGCCGGAUCGGCGUUCUCCAGGCAAAAGAGUCGUGCCUCGCGUACGUCGUGGCAAUGGUAGCGACGGAGAGCAACGCAACACCGUGUGGUCACUAGGGCCAGCGAGCGAUCGUCGAUGCCACAUCGACUCGCGGUACCGAACCGAGAACAUCGGUUCAACGAAGCUUCUCCCAUCGUCGCGUUACACACGACCACUGUCGUUCCGCACCGAGACGAACGCGUCGAAUAGAGAUAAGAGAGAGAGAGAGCGAGAAGCGAAUCGCGGUUACGCGCACGCAGCCAACGGCUUCUUCGGGGACGAGAAGAAACGAGUUUGCAAACAACGCCGGGCACGGCGAAGCCUCGCACCGAUCCGGGAGAUCGUUGCAAACUUUACGAAACGCGUGUUGUUCGCGACGAGUAAACGUUUCGCAGUUUUUGUUUCUUAUCUUUCGUUCGUUUGCACAUAUUUUGUUCGCGUGCGGGACGUUCGCGCGUGUUCGGUAUCGCUACGCGUGUUGGAUUCGUAUGAAAGCUCGGCGCGAAGCAGUGAACGCGAUCGAACCGCGUCAAAAUGACUAUACGCAAGAAGCCCAGUGAAACGAAAGGAAAAACCAAGAAGGGAAUUACGAAGGAGAUAGCCACGAGCUCGAGUUCGUCAGACAUGACGACCGUCGAGACGGUGGAAGUGGUAUCGUCGACGAGCGUCGUCGAAGAGGCGAGGCAGGUGAUAGAGAGCGAGUCCACGAGCAGCGUCGUCGAGGUUACCAGUGGCAGUCGCGAAGUUAUCAUGGAUUCCAAGGGUAACAUCGUCAAGGUCAUCGAGACAGUCCCACAGAUCGUCGGACAGACAACGUCUACUUGCAGAACAGGGAAAAGCUCCCAAGACUUUAUAGCGCAGGAACAGACGCAAUCCCUUAAACAGGGUAGAACCGUAUCGGAAGGCUCGCAAAACGUAACAGACGUCGUUCGCGGGGACAUCUUGGAAGCCGGUAAGAGAUCAACGGAGAUGCAAAGCCGUAGCGAAUCUCGCGCCGAAACCAUUCAAAAAUCAGUUUCCUCGACGACGAUGGUGGAGACGUCGUCGUCUAUGGAAGGCUACAGCAACGAUUUGUCGAAAACGAGAAUUAUUAACGGAACCGCGACCGGGGAACAAAAGCCAUCAGUGCAAACUUUGUCGAAAUCCAUCGAAAGCAACGUGGCGAGCAAGGAGACUUACGAGGCGUGCACUAAGGACGGCCAAACGGUUUCGAGUACAACGAAAAUCCGCGAAACAGGGGAGAAAAUCGACGACAACGGACUGGUGACGUCCUCGCAGAGUCGCAACGUCGACAACGAGACCACGGUCGUACCCUCGGACCUAGGCCGAGGUAAACUCACGGAUGACGUCAGAACAGCCGGCGACAAGAUCCUUCGCGGCUCCUCCGCCGUCGUCGACGCCGGUGAAAGCACUUCGAAGAGCAAUGUAAAAGUCAGCGAAAUUGUCACCCGGUGCGGCAAGCCUGGCCAGUCUACGUGGGAUGGUACGUUUAUUAGCGAAAGUUCGCCAUCGGCUAAAGACAGAAACUCCGCGAGAAACCUCGAGACGUCUCGCGGAGAUCGGGACAGUCGCGACAAGGCGAAAGUAGAUCGUCUGGUUUCCAAAGUUACCACCGGGAAACAGGGCUACGAGUCGAGCGUUCAAGUCUCCGAACAGACCACGAUCAACGAUCAGCGCGUGUCGUCCACGACGUCGGUGAUUCGCGAUAGCAAAGUCGUCGACGACGCUCGGAUUUCCUCGACCAGCCGCGAGAGCUUCGAUCGCAGCAACGUUGCAUCGACGAUCCGCGACUCUCGAGAGGAUACCAUCGGGGACACGACCGAUUUCGCGGAUGCACAGAAACGAGUUACGACGGAAGUGCAUUCGAAGGGAGCGCUCAGAAACGCGAGACCGGGAGAUUCCACGUGGGAUGGUACUUUCGUAACGGAGAAGCAUCUAGAGCCCAGAAGAAGAAACGUUUCCGACGCGUCCGUCUUCCAGCACUUUGGCGGCGAUAACGUCGUAGAAUCGACGCAACGCUCGGAUUAUGGAGAGAAGAGUUCCGAUGGAACUUACGAAAAGAAAUCGUCGAACGUGGUUCACACGGUACACGGUGCCACGGACUCGUCGAGAUUUAUAGCCGAGGAACGCAGGGACGUCAUGGAAGAGAUUUACAUCGAUGGGAAACCGAUGAAAGACGGGACGUCGCCGUCUCGAAGGGCUACCAGACCCGGGGAUUCCACAUGGAACGGCCAGUUUGUUUACGAAAAGCCGCAAGAUGAUCACAACACGUCGUCUUCGAUUAAGACGAACGAGAAACGACACUAUUCCGAAGACGUUCAAGACGUCACGGAAGAGAAUAAUAUCGACGGGAAACCGAUGAAAGACGGGACGUCGCCGACUCGAAGCGUUACCAGACCCGGAGAUUCCACGUGGUCCGGACAGUUCACCUACGAAAAGCCGCAAAAUGAUCACAACACGUCGUCUUCGAUUAAGACGAACGAGAAACGGCACUAUUCCGUAGACGUUCAAGACGUCACGGAAGAGCACAAUGCUUCGAGUAUGUCCGAGUCCGUCUCGACCUCCUACGUCGUGGAAUACGCAACCUUCAGCGACGAGAAGGUGCAAAAUAUCGAGAAGAAGAGGAACGUCGAGAAGGUGACUUCCAUCUCCGAGACGAUUCUCGAGGAAGACACCGGAGAAAGUGGCUCUCCUCGGCGAACGGGAACUCCGGAAAAGGUAACCAAGGCGGACACGACAACUAGAAGUUACAAACCUGGUCAAUCUACUUGGGACGGUAGCUUCACUUACGAGAAACCCCAGGUUCCGGAGCGUCGUCGUAAGCCAGACACGCGAGGAGCGAGCGACUCUGUGGUUAUCCGCGACGUCACGGAAGACAAUUCGUUAAACGAGACCGAAAUCUCGUCCACGUCCUACAUCGUCGAACACUCGUCCAGUCAACAGAGUUUUACCGACGUCAAAGAUUCUAGUCUCUCCUCUAUACACGAGACGGUGGUCUUUGACAUACAACCCGUACGACAGGAUGGUCCGUCGAGCAGACCCGGGAGUCCCGAGAAAACACCUAAAGGUAGGGAUAUCAGGAUCGUUAAGCCUGGAUCAUCCACGUGGGAUGGAACCUUUGUCACGGAAAAGCCUUCGGAAACGAGAAGACCGGCCAGCAGGGAGUCUAUCGGCGAGAGACCGACGGACAAAUCGCAGCCCGAGAGUCCCAUACCGAAAUCGAGGAGACACGUUACCGAUACCACGUUGGAUAUUCGCGACAUCGACCACCGAGAUGUCUCCAACACUUCGGAAGUCUACGGCAACACUGUCGUCAUGGAGCAGUCGACUACCCACGAAAGUUACUCCGAUUCCUCGAAUCUGGACUACUCCACGAGCUCUAUGGAGACGGUUAUUUUCCGUAACGGCGUUCCAACGUCCACGCCGAAGAAGAUCACGAUCGACGAAACUCCUAAACGUUCUAAGAGUCCCGAGAAAGAACCGUCGGAGCGCAAAGGUCCUCGAUCGCAACCUGCAGCUCCGAAAACGCCCGAGAAACGUUCCAAGAGUCCCGAUAAGACUGACAGAUCCGUUCGACCUUCGAAGCCCGGCGCCUCGACGUGGGACGGAUCGUUCGUGUACAAAAAACCUGCCGAGAAGCCGAGCGACAAGAGGACACCGAUAGACGUCGCGCGUCAUUCCGUUGAUAAACAAGCUCCGACUCAGACUCCGCCAACGGAUGCUGGAAACGUACCGGAAGACAAGAAUGCAACUUACUUCACCGAAAAAUCGAUUACCCUUUCGGACACCUCGACAGAUGUUCAGACUUCGGAAUUCGUCACUUCCACCGUUCUGGAGCGCACGUUUGUUUCCGAUUCCGAGGUUCUAGAUUCGUCGAAAGUUUCUACGAGCCUCGUUUGCGAGAUCGACGACAAAAGACGUCCCGACGAGCCUGCGAACGGACCUCGAGGACGCCUCGAGGAUGGAAGGAUAUCUCCCGAGAGACGUCCCAAGAGUCCCGAAAAGAGUCCCGUUGAUAAGACGACGAGACCAACGAAGCCGGGCGCUUCCACGUGGGACGGUUCCUUCGUGUACGAAAAACCACAAGAUCAGAGAAAGAAGCCGGCUGAUCGGACGAAACCGGAAGAUCGGGAAAAGGGACCGAAAGAGAAAUCGAAAGACGAUAAACCCUCGUCCCUCGUCCCCAAAGACGAUACCACGCAGAUUUCGAUCGUCACGCACGAUGUCGCGGAUCUACGAGAAGUCAAAGAUAGCACGGAUAUCGAAGUGGUCCAGCAAUCUUCUUACGUGAUCGAUGAAUCGUCCGGCCUCACCUCGGUGCAGGACGUUCGCGACGUGGUCGAGGAACGUGUCAUCAGCGAAUUCACGACGGAUACGCGUAAAGACGUGAGAGAUGUCACUAAAUCAACGACCGAAUUCAUCGACACAGAGCAGGUGUCUAGUAUGGUAGCGCGGGAUGUCGUCGAUGAUACCCGAUUCGACAAAUUCACCAGCACGGUUUCAAGGUCUCCGACGGAUUCACCGCGGAGAAGCUCGCCGGAUCGGCCAGGUUACCCGCGAGGAAUCCCUGGACUCAGGGAGGACGAUCGACCGAAACCGAUUCCAGCUGCUGGGAAACCGAGCCGUCCUCCUCGUCGCGACCACAGUCCUGAGGAGCCGAAAAGACCAACCGGUGCCAGGGCACAAUCGCCCGAAAAGCCGCGCGAUUAUGUCUCGACCGCGAAACCGUUACCCGCGGCGGGAAAACCGAGUCGGUCCGAGGAGAGACCUGGAAGGGCACCGCGACCCGAGGAGGCGACUCCGUCCUCCGAAAAACCGAGUCGUCACGACGGAAAACCAAAGGUUCCCGAAAAGCCUGAGUACAGGCCAGCCGCCGGGAAACCGAGUCGCCCCGAGGAAAAACCGAAGAAAUUGGACGAGACGCCGAAGAGGGGCGACCAAACGCCGGAUUCCCUCGACGGAGACUACGUCCAGCCUGGAAAUAUACCCGACAUCCUGUCCAAGAUCCCUUUGAAGGAGCAGUGCAUCUGCGAACUCUGCACUUGCGGACGGCAUCACUGCCCUCACACCUUGCCAGACGAUCAUUUGGAGCUGUCUCGAGACGAACCGAUACACUCGGUCACGUCGUACCGAGAAGAGUACGACGUGAAACACGUCGACAGGCAGACGAUACGCCACCAUGAGGAUCAUCUGCGAAUGGAGGGCGACUUCAUCGGGGAGAGGCGAACGGAUUACGUGGCGACGCGAGGCGAGAGGGCACCGGUGAGGAAACCGCAGGAUCAUCUCCGACCAGAGGGUGAAUUCAUCGGUAGACCGAGGGAGGAGGCACCGACGUGGGGCGAGAGGGCUCCGAUCAGAAAGCCACAGGAUAACUUGAAGCCGGAAGGAGAAUUCAUCGGGAGACCGCGAGAGGAGGCUCCGAAAUAUGGAGAUCGCACACCCGUCAAAAGACCGCAGGACAAUCUUAGACCGGAAGGAGAAUUCGACGGUACAACAACCACGGAGCUGGUGUUCACCGGUACACCCGGCGCACGGCCAACCCCGGUACGUCGUAACACCUACACGAAGGUCGAGGGUGAGUUCAUCGACUCGACCACCAUGAGAUCCGAGUACAUCGACCACCGUACCAUCCAACGAACCGACAUCAUCAAACGAACGGACAACCUCACGGUGGGAGAGGGUGAAUUCACGGGUACCUCUCGUCUCAAGGAGGAUUUCCACAGUUACGAUACGAUCGAACGUGAACCACGACGUCGACUCACGUACACGGAGGAGGACGAUCGAUUUUACAGCAAGACCGAUAUCACGGAGAGCACCACGACCACGCAGGAACAAUAUCGAACCUUUGAUCAGACCGAUUAUAGAACCACGGCCGUGGUCAGACGGGACGACAAUUUGAAGCUCGAGGGAUCGUUCGAAGGCGUGCCGCACGCCAAAGACGAUUACGUCGUGCCGGCGAUUACAAGGAGGCCGGAACCGCAAAAGCCUAAAGAUAAUUUACGGCCGGAAGGACCCUUUGAGGGAAAACCGAAGGACGAUUACAAACCGACCAGGGGAGAGCGUGCCGAUGUUAGGCGCCCAGAGGAUAAUCUGAGACCGGAAGGGCCGUUCGAAGGACGCCCUAAAGACGAUUAUAUGCCGACCAGAGGAGAGAGAGCGGACGUCAAGCGACCAGAAGAUAACUUGAGGCCGGAAGGAUCCUUCGAGGGUCGACCCAAAGACGAUUUCACACCGAAAACAGCAGAACGUCCGGAAGUAAAAAGGCCGCAAGAUAAUUUGAGACCGGAAGGGCCGUUCGAAGGACGUCCCAAGGACGAUUACAUGCCGACCAGAGGAGAGAGAGCGGAUGUUAAACGACCAGAAGAUAACUUGAAACCGGAAGGUCCGUUCGAAGGAAGACCUAAAGACGAUUACUCGCCAAAAAGAGCAGAGCGGCCAGAAGUGAAGAAGCCUCGGGAUAACUUGAGACCCGAAGGACCCUUCGAGGGACGUCCUAAAGAUGAUUACAAACCAACCAAAGGUGAACGCGCAGACGUUAAACGGCCGGAGGACAACUUGCGCCCGGAAGGACCCUUCGAAGGUCGCCCUAAAGACGACUAUACCCCUCGGAAAGCAGAGCGUCCGGAAGUAAAGAGACCUCAAGACAACCUAAAACCGGAAGGUCCGUUCGAGGGUCGUCCGAAAGAUGAUUUUACCCCGAAAACUGCUGAACGUCCUGAAGUUAGAAGGCCCCAGGACAAUCUUCGUCCUGAAGGAGAAUUCGAGGAUCGUCCCAGGGACAAGUACGCUCCUGGUGAGAAACGUACACCCAUUAGACAUCCGGAUAAUUUGUAUCCCGAGGGUGAAUUCGACAGGCCGAGCCCCGCGUCUUAUGGCCCAGGUGAACGGGCACCGAUCGUUCGUCAUCCGGACAAUCUGUUUCCCGAAGGCGAUUUUCCUGACAGAGAACGAAAACCUUUCAGUCCCGCCGAGCGUAGAACUCCUAUCAAACACGACGACAAUCUUCGGCCCGAGGGACUCUUCGAGGGACGACCUAAAGACGAUUUCACACCGAAAAUCGCGGAACGUCCCGAGGUGAGGAGACCACAGGACAAUCUCCGCCCUGAAGGAGACUUCGAAGACCGUCCCAGGGAUAAGUACACUCCUGGCGAGAAACGUACGCCCAUCAGACAUCCGGAUAAUUUAUAUCCCGAGGGUGAAUUCGAGAGACCCAUGCCCACGUCGUACGGUCCUGGUGAACGAGCACCGAUCGUUCGUCAUCCUGAUAACUUGUUCCCUGAAGGCGAUUUUCCAGAUAGAGAACGAAAACCUUUCAGUCCCGCCGAGCGUAGAACUCCUAUCAAACCCGACGACAAUCUUCGACCCGAGGGUCCUUUCGAAGGACGUCCAAAGGAUGAUUACAAGCCAACCAAAGGUGAGCGCGCAGACGUGAAACGUCCGGAGGAUAACUUGAAGCCGGAAGGUCCGUUCGAGGGAAGACCCAAAGACGAUUUCUCGCCGAAGAGAGCCGAACGUCCCGAAGUCAGGAGACCCGAAGACAACUUGCGUCCCGAAGGUGAAUUCGACAGGCCCAUGAAGCCUGUAAUUGGUCCUGCGGAGCGGCGCACUCCCAUUAAACACGCGGAUAAUCUUCGUCCAGAGGGCGACUUCGAAAGACCUGAUCACGAGGAGUAUCGACCAGCGGAGAGGCCAGAUGUCAAGAAGCCUAAAGACAAUUUGAAGCCAGAAGGCGAUUUCGAGCGUCCUCGCGCGGAGAAGUUCGGUCCAGCGGAAAGGCGAACGCCCAUAAAGCAUCCGGACAAUCUUAAACCAGAAGGCGAAUUCGUUGGCAAACCCAAAGACGACUUCACGGCUACCAAAGGAGACAGAGCCGUCGUUAAGAGGCCGGAAGACAACCUGAAACCGGAAGGUCCCUUCGAGGGUCGACCCAAGGACGACUAUCAACAUGUCCGCGGCGAUCGUGUGGAGAUCGUCAAACGCACCGACAAUCUGCGAAUGGAAGGCAACAUCGAGACUUACAGAUCUAGAGACGAGUACACGGACUUUUUGAUACGCGAGAGAACCGAAGUGACCAGGUACGAAGACAAUCUUCGGAUGGAGGGCGAGUUCACCGAUACCCGAACGAGGGAUGAUUUCAAGGUAGUGAGAGGCGAACGAGUCGAUAUCGUCAGGCAUGAGGACAACCUGAAGCCCGAGGGUCCUUUCGAGGGUCGUCCGAGGGACGAUUACGGCCCUAAGAGAGCAGAGAGACCGGAAGCGAAGAGACCAGAGGAUAACCUGAAGCCAGAGGGUGAAUUCGACAGACCAGAAAAGAAACUCAUCGGUCCCGCGGAGAAGAGAACUCCGAUUAAGCACGCGGAUAACCUGAGACCAGAGGGAGAAUUCGAGAGACCCAAGCCUGAAGAGUUCAGGCCAGCGGAGAGGCCAGUGGUCAAGAAGCCGCAGGACAACUUGAAACCCGAAGGCGACUUUAUUGGUCGUCCCAAAGAAGACGCUCCGCGAAAGGGCGACAGGGCCGAUAUCAAGAAGCCGAAAGACAAUCUCUAUCCCGAAGGCGAGAUCGAGGUCCCGGAAAAGAAGCCUCUUGGGCCUGCCGAGAGGAGGACGCCUAUCAAGCACGCCGAUAACCUUCGACCCGAAGGAGAAUUCGAAAGACCCCUACCGGAAGAGUUCAGGCCAGCCGAAAGACCCGUGGUUAAAAAGCCGCAAGACAAUCUAAAGCCCGAAGGCGACUUUGUUGGACGUCCUAAAGAAGAAACGCCGACGAAAGGCGACAGGGCCGACGUCAAGAGACCGAAAGACAAUCUUUAUCCCGAAGGCGAGAUCGAAGUGCCGGAAAGGAAGCCUUUGGGUCCUGCGGAGAGACGCUCGCCCAUCAAGCACGCCGAUAACCUUCGACCCGAAGGAGAAUUCGAAAGACCCCUACCGGAAGAGUUCAGGCCAGCCGAGAGACCCGUGGUUAAGAAACCUCAGGACAAUUUAAAGCCCGAAGGCGACUUCGUCGGACGGCCUAAAGAAGAAGCGCCGACGAGAGGCGACAGAGCCGAUGUCAAGAGGCCAGAGGACAAUCUGAAGCCAGAGGGUACUUUCGAGAGACCCGAGAAGAAACCGUUUGGCCCCGCCGAGAGACGUUCUCCGAUCAAGCAUCCCGAUAACUUGAAACCAGAAGGUGAAUUCGAGCGUCCCGAGCACGAGAGGUACAGACCCGCCGAGAGACCAGAGGUCAAGAAGCCCAAGGAUAACUUGAAGCCAGAAGGUGAAUUCGAUAGACCUCAGCCGAAGAAGAUCGGCCCUGCGGAGAGGAGGACACCGAUCAAACAUCCGGAUAACCUGAAGCCCGAAGGUGAGUUCGAGAGGAAGCCAAAGGAUGAAACACCGAAACGAGGAGAACGCGCGGACGUAAAGAGGCCUCGCGACAAUCUGCGACCGGAAGGUGAGUUCGAGCGGCCCGAAAAAUCUCCCGUUAAGCCUGCGGAGAAACGCACUCCCAUCAAACACCCCGACAACCUGAAGCCGGAGGGAGAAUUUGUCGGGAAGCCAAAGGACGAUUACAAGCCAACCAGAGGAGAACGCGCCGACGUCAAGCGUCCCGAGGACAACCUGAAACCCGAAGGGCCGUUCGAGGGUCGACCCAAGGAUGAUUUCGUCCCUGUCCGUGGCGAACGCGUCGACGUCGUCAAACGUACCGACAACCUUCGAAUGGAAGGCAACAUCGAAACCUACAGGUCCAGGGACGAGUACACGGACUUCUUGAUCCGCGAGAGGACCGAGAUAACCAAGUACCAGGACAACCUGCGCAUGGAGGGUGAAUUUACGGAUUCUCGAACGAGCGACGAUUUCAAGGUAACGAAAGGCGAACGUGUCGACAUCGUCAGGCAUCCCGAUAAUUUGAAACCCGAGGGUCCGUUCGAAGCUCGCCCCAAGGACGACUACUCGCCGAAGAGAGCGGAGAGACCAGAGAUCAGGAAGCCGGAAGAUAAUCUGAAACCGGAAGGCGAGUUCGAGAGACCGGAGAAGACGCCGGUUGGGCCUGCCGAGAGACGAUCACCGAUCAAACACGACGACAAUCUUCGUCCCGAGGGUGAAUUCGUGGGUCGACCGAAGGAGCUGGCGCCAAAGAAGGGCGAGAGGGCUGACGUCAAGAAACCUAAGGACAACCUACGACCGGAAGGCACCUUCGAGAGACCGGAGAAAAAACCGAUGGGUCCUGCGGAAAGGAGAAGUCCGAUCAAACAUCCGGAUCAUCUCCGGCCUGAGGGAGACUUCGUCGGUCGUCCCAAGGAGGAGGCGCCUCUUAAAGGUGAUCGAGCUGAUGUCUCCAAGCCGAAGGACAAUCUCCGUCCCGAGGGAGAGUUCGAAAGACCGCAAAAGUCUCCGGUGGGUCCAGCGGAGAGAAGGACGCCUAUCCGCCACGAGGACAAUCUUCGACCAGAGGGAGAAUUCGUGGGACGACCGAAGGACGAUUUCUCUCCUAAACGAGCGGACAGACCUGUUCAAAAGAAGCCGAAGGACAAUCUGAAGCCAGAGGGCGAAUUCACGGGCAAGCCGAAGGACGAUUACAAGCCUACGAAGGGCGAGAGGACGGAGAUCGUCGUUCACCGAGACAACUUGAAGAUGGAGGGUGACAUCGACGUUCGUCGCAGCAGGGACGACUACAAGAGCGUGACGAGGGUCGAACGGGUGGACGUCGUUCGUCGAGAAGACAAUUUAAAAAUCGAGGGCGAGUUCGUCGACGUUCGAAGGCGGGACGAUUACAGAGUGACCCGUGGCGAGCGCAGCGAGAUCGUCAGACACGAGGACAACCUUCGACCCGAGGGAGAGUUCGAGCGACCAGAGAAAUCGCCGGUUGGUCCAGCGGAAAGAAGAUCGCCGAUCAAACAUCCCGACAAUUUGAAGCCCGAGGGACAAUUCGCGCAACGACCCAAGGCGCCGACGCCUACCAGAGGCGAUAGAGCUACGGUUAAAAAGCCCAAGGACAAUCUAAAGCCCGAGGGAGACUUCGAGAGACCGGAGAAGUCUCCGUACGGACCUGCGGAGAGGCGCUCGCCGAUCAAACAUCCCGACAAUCUACACCCGGAGGGAGAAUUCGUUGGACGACCCAGACAAGAAACGCCAACUAAAGGAGAACGCGCAGAUGUGAAGAAACCCAAGGACAACUUGCACCCCGAAGGCGACUUUGCCAAACGAACGCCUCAGAAGGUGGGACCUGCCGAAAGACGGACUCCCAUUCGUCACGAGGACAAUCUCCAUCCGGAAGGAGACUUCUACCACACGCCAAAGGACGACUACGGUCCCAAGAAGGCUGAACGUCCCCUGGUUAGAAAGCCUCAAGACAAUCUACGCCCGGAGGGUGACAUGGAGGCCAGUCCGUUGCCCAAGGACGACUACAGGUACGUAAACGGGGAGCGAGUGGAAGUCCGUCGUCACGAGGAUCACCUGAGGAUGGAAGGGGAGAUGGACGUUCGUCGCUCGAGGGAUGAUUACAAGAGAAUCACGAAGGUCGAGAGGGUUGAGGCCAAGAAGCGCGAGGAUAACCUGAAGAUCGAGGGCGAGUUCAUCGACGUGCGUCGCAAGAGCGACUACGCUCGCGUGGUCGGUGAACGGGUGACUGUGAAGAGGCAUCCCGACAAUCUGCGUCCCGAGGGAGAGUUCGAACGUCCGCAGAAAUCGCCCCUGGGACCCGGCGAGAGAAGAACGCCUAUCAAACACCCCGAUAAUCUGAAACCCGAGGGCGACUUCGUCGGAAGACCUCGAGACGAUUUCACGCCGAAGAGAGUCGAGAGAACUGAGGUGGUGCGUCGAGAAGACAACCUGAGGAUGUCGGGCGACUUCCAAGACACCACGUCCCAAAGGUCCACGUACACGGUGGUACGCGGUGAACGCGCAGAGAUCAAACGUCACGAAGACAAUCUGAAAGUCAGCACGGGAUCGAUGGAAACGAAAACUACGAGCAGGGACAUGUACCUGCCUACGAGAAAGGAGGACUCGCCGGUCGGUAGGACCGUGAGCCGCAGACACCAUAUGGAGUCCUCGAUCAACUUGGGCGACGACAACUCGACUAUGUCUACCACGACUCAGAGAAAUUACAACACCUUUACGAAACGCGCUGCCAAGGAGGUGGCAGCCAAGAUUAGCAGCAUGGAGUCUGACACGAGAAGGAGCGUGUCGUCGGAGUCGAAGUCUUUGGAAAACGGUACGGUGGUCACGACCGUGAAGAAAACUACCACCUCGGGAGAAAGCGUAUCGUCGGCUCAAAACGUUCACCAGCAUCACGCUCAACACGCUGUAACGGAUCGUCGCGCGAUACAGACCUCCGAUGACUCUAGAAAAUCCCUAACGAGUAAUCAGCAAUACGUUAACGAACAUCAUCAGAGAAUGCACUCGAGCGAGCAGCAUCUGAGAUCGCAAAACAUGACUCAGUCCCGACGAGUGAUGGACGAAGGUUCGGCGAUCGUGGACGGUCAGUAUCGUCGGGGUCAAACGAACGAGCAGCAUCAGAAGCAACUCGAACGACAUCACCAGGAGACUAGCAAGAGAGAUUACGUCAAUUCCCAGCACAUGGAGUCGCGACAUACCUCGACGAAGCAGAGGCAGCAUCACGAGCAGCACACGGUCUCUAGCCAAGCUCGCUAUAAUUCGAACCAGACGAGCAGCGCCGAAUUCAGACAAGCGAUCAGUGGCCAGUCGGUGGACAGAUCGCAGUCGGACACGUCGGUGACCAAGACCAGUCAUCACAGGAAAAACGUGAUCUCUUCGUCGGCCGACGUGACCAACUCGGUGCUCCACAGACGCGGCGGCGUAGCCACGUCGACGGAGGCGCUUCACACGAUCUCCUCGACGGCCGCCGAUCAGAAGAAGAGCAUCUCGAAUCUGGCCGAGAGCGGUCAGUACAUCAGCAACUCGAGUCAGAGCAGCGAUCGAAGGAGUCUGACUUCGUUGCACCGCAGCCACAAGGACGCGAAUCCUUGGGCCUCCGCGACGUACGAACGUCCGCAAAGAAUCGUUCGACAGGAUAAUCUAACCGUGGGUGGCAAGUUCUAUUCUCACAGCGAGGCCAAGAACUACGGGAAUUUCAGCACUCAGAAAGUGGAGAGGGUUCACAGGCAAGCGAACGUGUCUCACAUCAGUCUCGGAGACGGUGGUACCGUCACCUCUAGCAUGUACAGAAGGGAAUACGCGCCGAGGCACAAGGGACCUUGUCCAGCGGCUCUCCUGGAGGCUAAACAAGCUCCGUUCAAGCACACUAGGGACACACCGAAGCACAAGUUUUACAUGCCGGUCGUUUCGAGUUAAAAUAGUUCUCUGCGAUUGUUACCACGGGGAUUGAGGGGGCGGACUAAGAGAGCUGGAUAUUUUACGGCCUAGAAGAAUGUUGUUUGAUUUUGUUUCUUGACUAGAAUAAUUCAUUUGUAUCCUUUUCUAAGAUUGAAUAUUAGGCCAAGCAGACUCGUCGUCCGCCUCCGAUGAAAUUAGGUCUAACUGUAAGCGUAAAAGUUCGUGUAAAUUGCUGUGAUGAACUCGCGUCCUUCGAAUGAUAUUUAUUUCUUGCAUCGGUGCGAUCGUUGAACUAGACCGACGUGGAACCGCGCUAUAUACGUAACAAGGGUACGCAUAUACGCGUUACUCUGUAUACGUCGAUAUACUCUUAUCCUCGAGGAAGGAUAUUUAACGCUGAAUAUCGAUAGUUGGAUAUCGAUCAGCGGCAGGAGACACUUGGAGUAUGUUACGAUAUUUUGUUUGUCACUUUAAACCACGUGUAUUACAAAGCAAUAACUAGAGCUUAAAUCCGUGAUACGGACGACUCUGAUCCGUGGAUCGGAUUCGUUUGAUACUUAGAAUAGAAUGCGGCGCUCAGAAGCCGCGCGUAGCGUCUCUAAUCCGCUUUGUUUUAUAUUUACCGUUCUUCUAUCUUGCUGAUAACUGUAUUUAGAUCAUCGUCCCUCUCCUCUUAUAACACCCUGCGUUUUACGUUAACCCACGUUCCAAUAAAUACACUUGUCGCGCGAACGCACCAGCUCGCGUCGUUCGUUCGACACCUCAACGCCUGUUCCUCCGUGGAACGGAUCAUUAUUUCGUUUUACUUUUUUUUUUUUCCUACUUUAAUUUUGUUCAUUUACGAAGUUUAUCGAUGUGUUCUCGAUCGAAUAAAGAUGUUUUUGCAAUUAAUUUUAUUUGUUUUGCAUUCUUCCCUUGCGAGAUCUCGUUACCAAAAAACUUGUUGCUUAAUAAUUGCAGGUUCCAUUUCUGUUAAAACUGUUGCGAGGCCAAAAGCUAUUCGCAAAGAAUGUGAAUAAUUCGAGCUCCUUGGUCUCCGUCGAUUAUAAUUAGUUCUUUUUUUGUCGGUCGUAUCGUUAGUUAUAAAACGGACUCGUUUUUUUUAUUAUAAUUUCAAACCGUUUACCAAGCAACGAAUUUAUAUUUUUCGCGUUUACCGUUUCGUUGCCAACGAUAACUCGUGUAUGUAUGCUGGAGUUACGUACACCGAGUAAACAUAUUAUAUCGUACGAUAAGAAGUAACACAGCGAAAGAAUAAACACCAUUAUAUAAUCCCGUUCCAUUUAUACUGUAAAUACAUGUGUAGUGAACAACAUUUCCACGCGACUAUGUAACGCUGCCCGCUGUUAUUGCAGCAGUGCUACGAGCUGUAUAAAGUAUCUGUACGUCGAUACCAUAUUUGUAGCGAAUACGACACUGCGUUUACACGAACUUUGAUCAAUGAUUUCGAUUAUUGUAACACGGUAAAUAAUAAUAAUAACAAUAAUAAUACUAACAACCAAGCAUUAUACGCGUAAACUACGAUAAAUCGAUGAAUUAUCAAAUAUUGCUCGGUUAUAAUCUUCGCUGUGUACAUACGGCGUGGAAUCGUUUGUAGCUCAACGUGCGAUAAUAAAGAGAUUAUUUUGUGUAA